AUGCCUGGUGCGGAGGUCGCCUCGUCGGGCCUUCGGCAUCAGAUCUGGACGGGUGUUGUUCCUCCCUGUGGUGCUCCUCCCACCUCCCUGGCCCUAGACUCCCUCUGGUGGUUUGGUGAGGUUGUUCGGCAGUGGGCUCUAAACCGGGGGAAACCCUUGGCUGACGAUGGCGGCCACGAGGUCGACGACGCUGGCGACGGCACCGUGCUCCUUCUUGAAGGUGACAUCGAGGUUGUAUCCCCUCCCUCCCUGCUCUUCCUAUAUCGGUCAAUCCUUGCUUUCCCGGGAGCAAAAAGAAAGAAAGAAAAAAAGAGUCAAUCCUUGAUUUGGCAACGAGCGGCCGGGUGGACUUGUUUUGGGGAGUGGACUGACUUUUCGGCAUGUCGUGGCUCGCGUGAUUCUCCGCGACGUCUUUUGCAUUCCCAAAGGAAACAAUUACUGCGCGCGGUCACGGCCGCCGCGCUAUACGCGUGGCCGUCGUCGUCGCUCCUCCGCCCUGGACUCCCGCGCCUCAUCGCCCUCCUCCCGCUGUUCCCGCUCCUCGUCGCCGCGCCCCUGGCCUUCCCCUCCUCCGCCAUCGUCCGGGGCCUCGCCGCCUUCUUCCUGGCCUGGCUAGGCACCUUCAAGCUCGCCCUCCUCGCCGUCGGCCGCGGCCCGCUCGACCCCGCCCUUCCCGUGCUGCCGUUCCUCUUCACCGCCUUGCUCCCCGUCAAGCUCGCCCCAGCAUCAUCCAACAAGGCCAAGCCGGUGUCCCUCGUUUCUUGCGCGGUGAAGGUGGCCGUCGUAGCCGCCGUGGUCCGGCUGUACCAGCUCAACCACCGCCUGCACCUCUACGCGCGCCUAGCCCUGUACGGCGUCCACACCUACUGCUUCCUGGACCUCCUCCUCCCCUGCAUCGCGGCCGCCGCCGCCGCGCUCGGCAUGGAGGCGGAGCCGCAGUUCGACCGGCCGUACCUGGCGUCCUCGCUGCGGGACUUCUGGGGCCGCCGGUGGAACCUCAUGGUUUCUGCCAUCCUCCGGCCGUCCGUCUACGACCCCGUCCGCGCGCUCGCCGGGGUCCCCGCCGCCGUCCUGGCCACCUUCGCCGUAUCCGCGCUCAUGCACGAGGCCAUGGUGUACUACCUCAGCCUGCAGUGGCGGUCCGACGGCAUGAUGGCUGCCUUCUUCCUGCUCCACGGCGUUUGCUGCGUUCUCGAGGGGUGGUGCGCGCGGCGGUGGGCGGCGCGUGGGUGGCCGGCGCCGCCGCGGCCCGUGGCGACGGUGCUGGUAGGGCUCUUCGUCACGGCCACGUCGUUCUGGCUCUUCUUCCCGGCGCUUUGCAAGGACGGAGUUGAGGAGAAGCUGCUGCAGGAGUGGGCUGCGGUGGCCGCCUUCUUCCAGGACGCCGGCGGGAAGAUACCAUGCGUCUAAGGUAGGAGAUGGAGUGCCCAACACCGUGGUGGCGCCUGGCUUUGCAACAGGAACUCCACCCCCGCCACAACUGUGUUGCCAUAAGGGCGCG